AUGCGCCCUUCGGGAUCUGUCCUGCUGCUGCUGCUGCUGCUGUCGGCGGCGGGGGCCGUCGGGGCGGGCCCGCCGGGGCACGAGGUGGGCUACCUGCCGGGGCUGGCCAAGCAGCCCUCCUUCCGCCACUACUCGGGCUACCUGGACGUGGACCAGGACAAGCACCUGCACUACUGGUUCGUGGAGGCGCAGGGCCACGACGCGGCGGACAAGCCCCUGGUGCUGUGGCUGAACGGCGGGCCCGGCUGCAGCUCCGUCACCGGCCUCCUCACCGAGCACGGGCCCUUCACGAUUCAGGAGGACGGGGCCACCCUGGAGUACAACGACUAUGCCUGGAACAAGCUUGCCAACAUCCUGUACCUGGAGUCCCCCGUCGGCGUCGGCUACUCCUAUUCGGACGGCAAAGACUACCGGACCAACGAUACCGAGGUGGCCCGAGUGAACUACCUGGCCCUGAAGGAAUUCCUCCGCCUCUUCCCGGAGUACUGCGGCAAGGACUUCUACCUCACUGGCGAGAGCUAUGGGGGCAUCUACAUCCCCACCCUGGCCGUGUUGGUCAUGCAGGACCCCAGCCUCAACUUGAAGGGACUGGCGGUGGGGAACGGACUCUCCUGCUACGAAACCAACGACAACUCUCUGGUGUACUUUGCCUACUACCACGGCCUCCUGGGCACCAGGCUGUGGACAGACCUGCAGAAGUUCUGCUGCUCCCAGGGGAAAUGCAACUUCCACGACAGCUCCAGUCUGAAUUGCACUCUCUCUAUGGUAGAGGUCAUCCGCAUCGUAGACGAGUCGGGCCUCAAUAUCUACAACCUCUAUGCCCCGUGUGCCGGCGGAGUGCCCGGAAGCUACAGCUACCACGACGAAAAGCUGGUCACCCACGAUCUGGGCAACAACUUCAUAAGGCAGCCGAUCCGUUACUCCUGGAGGCAGAACCUGCUUGCGGUGCCCGUCGGCAAAAAGGGCGUGCGGCUGGACCCCCCCUGCACCAACACCACCGCUCCCUCCAACUACAUGAAUGACCAGCAGGUGCGCAGGGCCCUGCACAUUGCUCAGGACGCCCCCGAGUGGGAGAUGUGCAGCUUUGCUGUGAGCCGGGGCUACAAGCGCAUCUUCAGCAAGAUGACUGACCAGUACCUGAAGCUGCUUGGCACCAUGAAAUACCGCAUCUUGCUGUACAACGGGGACGUGGACAUGGCCUGCAACUUCCUGGGGGACGAAUGGUUCGUGAACUCCUUGGGCCAGAAGGUGGAAGUCAGUCGUCGGCCCUGGAUCUACACAGACGAGAGCGGGCAGGACCAGAUUGGAGGCUUUGUGAAGGAGUUCACCGGCAUCUCAUUCCUCACUAUCAAGGGUGCCGGCCAUAUGGUGCCCACGGACACCCCGCGAGCCGCCUUCAACAUGUUUGACCGUUUUAUCAACAAGAAGCCCUUCUAGCGUGCCCAGGGGUGCUUUGGCUUCACGUCUCCCUCCCCCCCCCAAGCGGGGCUGCUGCUGCUGUGAUGGCAAAGUGUGGUGACUGCGAAGACCGGAUCCUGCACUCCCACUCCCCAGCCGGGGCGGCCCUCUGCACUGACCCCGCCUCCGCCCCGCGGGCGUCCUGGGCUUCCCUGGUGGCCGGGGGGUGUCCGUGGCAGGGCGCCUCCCCCCCUGCUGCUUCUGCUGCACUGCCUCUGGGCAGGGGGAAGGGGCCUCCGCCGGGGGGGGAGGGGGGGCUUAGCCCGAGUUCUCAAUCUCUCAAGACGAUAAAGGAACCUGAAUCGAAGGUUGAAGGGCAGCCUGGCUGGGCCAGGGUUUGACUGCACCCCCCCCCGUCUGCGGACCUCCGGUGGGGGUGUAAAGCAUGCUAAUUAAACCCUUUUCCUAAGGAA